UGUACUACGUGGUGCCUGCCAACCGCCCCCAGACCUAGGCGGGGGAGAGGAAGAGUGAUUGAUGGCUGUAAUCACUGAAACACUGGUGCUUUUUCUGGUGGGGGGGUCAUGGAAUCGAGCUGCAGCAUUCAUCUCGUCAGGGCCAGCAGGGCGACCGACUCCACUGAGGAGUCCGCCACGCUCUUGUCGACACUCCCGCCACCACCAUCACCACCUCCCGCUCAGCGAUGACCACCACCCGAGGAUCACGGGCAGACCGCAGCAACGGCCACGGCGACGACGACGGCGACGGCAAGGUGAAGAACUUGUAGGGGAUAGCUGUAACCAUCGUCCGAUCGCCGCCUUGUUUGGAUGGGCACCAUCGUCGUCGUCAUCAUCGUCGUCGUCGUCGUUGUCUUCGUCUCGGGAAGAGCUGCUGGAGAUCACCUGCGACGGGACCAACACCACCGCCUUCUCCGGCACAGUUCCCCCCACCGUAGGCCGGGAUAAGGAAAAUUCUCUACACGGAAGCAGCAGCGUCGAGGCUAGCGGUAGGGCGGCGGCGGUGGCGGCAGCAGCAGGGCGGGGUCGACGCGGGACGUCCUAUCCGGAGGGAGAGCGGGCGGGGGACCGUUCCGGAGACCGUUCCAGGGACCGUGCCAGGGACCAUUCCGUGGGUCUGAUUGUCUCGAUGAGGCAGCUCUCGAUACUAGGUGCCUUGGCGGGGGUGGCUGCCGUGGCCGUCGGCUACGAGCACGGUAUGGCGGGCUUCCUCUGGAUUCAGGACUGGGCCGGAGUCACCGCGCCGCACUUUCCCCCGCGCACCGCCGCGGACGGCGCCGGGCAGGUGCACCUCACUCCCCUGAAGAGCGUCGCCACGGGACUGGGGGCUGGGUUCACGCGGGCGGUGAGCAGGACGCUGACGUUUCCCCUGGACACGAUCAAGACCAGGAGCCAGCUCUCGAGGCUCGGGGCGGAUGACCGGGCCCUACUGCCGGAGGAGAUGCUUCGGUUAAUUGACGGGCCAGCCACUUUCAAGGGCGUUUUCAAGGGCUUCUCGGCGUUUCUAGCCCAGGCAGGACCCUCGAACGCCGCCUUUUUUCUUUUCUACGAUGCGCUCAACGCGAUCGGGGCGGCCGCCAUUCUCGGCGCAGACGGCAGCGGCGGCAUCUCUCCUUCCCUUUCGUCCUCCUUGUGGCCGACAGCGCUCCAUCUCGGGGCGUCGUCGGCAGCCACUGUCCCGGCCAACCUCGUGCGGACGCCCGCGGAGGUGGUGAAGCAGAGACUCCAGGUCGGGCGGGAGAGCGGAAACUCUCUGCAGGCGUUACUCUCUAUCGUCAGGGCGGAAGGGGCGAAGGGGCUCUUUGUUGGCGGAAAGGAGCAGCUCCUGAGGGAGAUCCCGUUCAACGCGGUCCAGUUCACGGUGUACGAGUGCCUGAAGGCUUCCCUUGGCAGCUCGGAGCUUUGGGCGGACGCCGCCCUGGGGGCGGCCUCGUCGGCUGCCGGGGCUUUGGCCACGCAGCCGGUCGACACCGUCAAGACGCGGGUCAUGACCAAGAGUGUCCCGGGGUCGUUAGGUGGGGAUUCCCCGGGUUUCAUCAAGUCUGCCUCCCUGGUGGCGGAAGCGGAAGGGGUGACUUCCCUCUUCUUGGGCCUGUUGCCCCGUCUGGUGCUGGUUAGCACCGGCGGGGCGUUCUACUUCUGGGGGCAGGAAUUCGCAUCACAGCUCAUGAGCCGGGCGGGGUUUUGAUCCGAAUCGUGACCAAUGUUGACGAAGGCUCUGCCCGCCUCGCCUCUCUUCCGGCAGUCCGACCCGCGCCGAAGCGGAGCACUGGUGUACAGAGCCAAGCCUUGCCGGCGCGGGGACCGCGGGUUUAGCUGUGGUUUUAUUUGUCCAUCACAGCAACCAAAUAUGGUAUUGGUUGGUGCAGUACCCUGCGACAAGCAGCCGGAGCCCGCCAUUUUUACAAACGGAGGUCAAAGCGCAAAGGGGAGGGAAUCCCAAAGUUUCCAUCUCCUACCUGUAAUAUUGUAAAUACAAAUGCAUGUUUUGACCUUUCAACUGUUCCGGACCUUGAAGAAAUUUCCGUCUUACUGCGUGUUACCGCUGCAGCUGCUCGUGCCUUGUCGGUAUAUGUUGAUUGGUGUCCCGCUAGACGGGAUGUGAGCUGGUGGUGGUAGGAGGGAGGAUUUCUCUUCCAAAGGCUUGCCGUGGCGGCGAUCGAUGCGUCGUGGUGGUUUGUGUUGUGGUGGGACGGCAGUGUAGGUAGGGUAUCAAAUUUCCCGAGUAGGGAGGAGUCACUUCCAGUAUAGGUAGGGUACGAUUUCCCGAAUGUACUACUUCCGAUUUUGCUGUACACCAAUUUUGGCGCAGAAAAUGCAGACGAGUUUGUUGGCUAGCAGUGUGGACGUUGCGAAUAUGCCAUUUGAUGUGUUGUUUUUGGUCUUUUUGAUUUAACGAAGGUUGUUACGAAGUAGUGCAGAGUGCUGUUCAGCUUUCUUGCCCAGCUUCUCAGAGGUCUGGGCAAUACAAGAGCCGAAGGAUGUGUGUUGUUUCUCGCGUUUGCUUGUGCUUGGGGGCGUUCGUUGCCACAAUCUCAAGUCGCAGGUAAGACUGUUCUUCGCGGUUCGACGUAAACGAAGGUUGCCUUGCUUAUCCGGCGUGAUUCGUGGAACCUCGUCUCCAGUCGCCGGGCCCGCGCGAGCAGAAACGAGGCGGGGGAUUCCAUGGCGGAUGUAGCUGCUGUGUAAGCCGCCCCGUGGAAUUUUGACAACAGAGUACAACGCGACAGAUUGACCCCGAACUGAUU